CUUGCAUAUUCAUCAUCUUCAAACAGAUAAUCUUCCUUGGCUUCUCAUGAGAAACCAUAAGACACAACAACUGAGCGAUACAACAGUGUGCGGAUUACUUCAGAGCGCGAGCGAGCCGAAUUAUUCGCACCGGCGAUGGCCAAACUCUCAGAUGCCAGGUAGCGCAGGGACGGCAGAUGUGGAUGAUAACGAAGACUCGAUCGAAGAUGAUUAUGACUCAUAUGACGACUUAUUUACCCAACAUUUCACCGACGAAAAACUCUCUCACCUCGACGGGAUAAAAGUCGCGCCCCGGCCGCAAAACAGAGCCAUCUCUCCAAUAGGCAAUGCAAAAGACCAGACUGCGAAAAACGCCAAACAUUUCUUCUGGAAAUCAGUAUCUCCUUCAAAUAAUGAGUUACCGAACCCCACCCCGUCGGAAAAAGGGGCCUUGCCUUGGGCACAACGAUAUGCUCCCCUCAACUUGGAUGAACUGGCAGUUCACAAACGUAAGGUUGGCGAUGUCGAACGAUGGCUGAGCGAUGCGCUCGAAGGGAAAACUCGAAAGAAUUUACUCAUUCUCAGAGGACCGGCGGGAAGUGGGAAAACCACCACCAUCUCACUACUAUCCAAGAAGUUAAGAUUUGAUGUCCUGGAGUGGAAAACUCCUUCAACCGUCACGUACUCCUCCAAAGAUUAUGUUUCAUUCGGGGCCCAAUUUGAUGGAUUUCUGAGCCGUAGUCAUAUAUUUGGCAGCCUAACCUUGGACGGUCACCAUAGCUCACAGGUCCCUCUGAACAACGACCACGCUAGUCAGCGGCGUGUCAUCCUCAUUGAAGAAUUUCCAACGAUGGCUGCACGGAAUACUACAGUUUUGGCUUCUUUCCGGCUGUCAAUUCUACGAUAUCUCUCCUUGAAUGGGCCACAUGGUGGAAACACGUACGGUAGAGAAGUAAGGGUACCGCCUAUCGUCAUGGUUGUGUCUGAAACUUUUUCAAGCACGGAGUCCUCAUUCAAUAAUCUGACAACCCAUCAAUUACUUGGUCGCGAGCUCUACAACCAUCCAGAUACCACUAUCAUCGAGUUCAACAGCAUUGCGCCGACAUUCAUGCACAAAGCUCUAAACCUCGUCUUGAAAAAAAGCUCCUGUCAGCCCUGCGGCAAUCAAACGCUGACUCAGUCCAUUAUUGAGAACAUUUCUAAGAUUGGAGAUAUCCGGAAUGCGAUCGCGUCAUUGGAAUUCAUUUGUCUAGGUAAUGGCAAUAAAGGCUACUGGAGCGAUCCCACUGUCAAAACUAGGCGUACAGCUCGAACUCGCAUGAAGAAUACCGCUGUUGGAAGUGAGAUGCGGGAGGAAAUAGCGCAAAGAGAAGCAAGUCUAGGACUAUUCCAUGCAGUCGGCAAAAUCAUUUACAACAAGCGAAGUGAUGCAUCUGAUGCCGAACACGUGCAGUUGCCCUCUCCUCCAGAUCACCUCCGUGACCAUGACCGGCCGACAGUCUCUAUGGUACAUGUUAAUGAACUGUUAGAUGAGACGGGCACCGACAUCCAAUUGUUCAUUGGCACGUUACAUGAGAAUUAUGUUCCAUCUUGCAAUGGUUCUUCGUUCACCGAAUGCUUGGAAGGUUGCAUAGGAUUCUUAUCGGACAGCGAUAUGCUUUGCUAUGACCGAAAGGAUCGUAGCAAGUUCCAAGCUGGUCUUGGGAUUGGUACCGUAAAAAUCGAAACUGGUGGCGUUGAUGUACUGCGGCAAGAAGAGAUAAGCUACCAAGUAGCUGCGCGCGGCCUACUCUUCUCUCUUCCUUAUCCCGUGAGAAGGCAGUUGUCAUACGCCAGAAACAUAAAACAGGCGGGUGACUCUCACAAGGUUUUCUUUCCUCCCGUCAUCCGGCUUGUUCGUCAGCUCCAGGAAAUCAGUAAUCAAAUAGAUUCGUGGAAAGACGCCUUGCUCAGCUCAACCGUUCGGCCAACUGCUGUCCCGAUGAAAGAUCAUACAACUCGCGAGUUUAUCUCUGGAAAAGGUAAAAGUCUCCAAGGUAAUCGCGAUGAGGAAUCGCCAUCACUUGUUGCAAUGCUCUCGCGCAGCGACUUGAUCCUUCAUCAGUUACCCUAUCUGACAAAGAUUGUUGGCAAAGGCACGAUGUCAAAAAACCUACAGCAAAGCACCGGGUUCGGAGCUGGGGGCUCAGACUUCACCUCACAACAUGACGAGGAUUACGAUUUCGAGCCAUCCUUUUGUGAAGCCCCAGGCCCCAAGUCUAGACUUGAAAAGAGGAUUGGACUGUCUGAACCGCAGACAACCUUGUCCUCCCAAACAACCGAUGAACGGCUUGUUCUCAGCGAUGACGAUAUUAUAGAUGACUUGUAAUAAUGAUAUUCAAGAAUCUAG